CGGCGCGCAGGAGAGGAAGAACCCGAGCAGCAGCGCGCAGGGUUUACGCGCAGAGGAGACGUAAAGCUGCGACACGACCGAGAGGAUGCAGUGGAUUUAAAACCUUAAAAUCCCAGCUAAUUUACAGCCGGGCGACAGGGGAGAUAUCAUAAAGAGAAAUACCGAGGAGGACGAUAUGAGUGUGGUUAAGGCCGGACUCACGGACGGUGGAUCCCCGAGGCAGUGCGCUCAGCCUCCGAGCCGGAGCAAAGAUGCGCGGAUCCAGCAGCAGCAGCAGCAGCUCCAGAGGCACCAUGGAGCCUCCGUGCUCAAACAGCCCUCCCUCAACGAACCGGGGGACGUGGUGAGGCGGGCUCUGGACUUCAAGAGCCAGGGAACCCAGUGCUACAAGGAUAAGAAGUACCGGGAGGCGAUCGGGAAGUACCACCGCGCUCUGCUGGAGAUCAAGGGGCUGUGCAGGGUGCUUGGAGACCCGGAGAUCAAGACCCUUUCCCCGCUGCUGCCCACCCUCAGCAAGCCCAGCUCCCUGACGGAGGAGCAGAAGGGGGCCAUGGAGAACGCGGAGCUGGAGUGCUACAACAGCCUGGCCGCCUGCCUGCUGCAGAUGGAGCUGGUGAACUACGAGCGGGUGAAGGAGUAUUGUCUGAAAGUGCUUUACAAAGAGGGGAAGAACUUCAAAGCUCUGUACCGCUCCGGAGUGGCCUACUACCACCUGGGAGAGUUCCAGAAGGCCCUGUACUACCUGAAGGAGUCGCACAAGCAGGAGCCGUCAGACACCAAUGCCAUCCGCUACAUCCAGCUGACAGAGAUGAAGAUCCGCAGGAAUGCCCAGAGGGAAAAGAAAGAGGCGCUGGCUUGAGGACAAGAACAAAUCAACCUUCACCCAGACCUUACACACCUGCAGUGUCUCGGUGUGAAAACAUGUUCGUUUGCUUUUGCCUUGCACAGCAUCUGGUUGCCAGUUUUGUGAUUGAAUUUCAUCGUUGUGUGCUUGAAGAGUUUCUCUUUCUUUCUUUUAUCGUACAUGAUCCUGCGGUGGCCGACAGGUGCAAACGCGUUACUACUGCGAAAAAACAUUUAGAUUGGGAGAAACACGCUACAGCUUCAGAAACGAUGCAGAUAUAAAAACAGAAAUGUGCCAAAAACACAUGAAGAAACAUCUUCAGCAACUUGACAACACAUGCAGCAUUUAGAAAAAACAUUCCCCGACUUGAGGAAACAUGCGCAGCGUUUACUAAAAACUGCAGAAACCGAACACUGCAAAUACAAAAUGCUGUAAAUACAAAACGCUGCAAGAAG